UCUUCGUUGAACAGCCGCUUUGUCGCACCGAUAAGUAGCACGGUGAAAACGAGAAAUCGUGAUAGAUCGAACACCAGACGUUGUCGAGCUACCGAACACAGUGCAGUGCGUGCAGUGCAUCUGGAGUCCAAUCUCCAAAGGAAAGGUGAUUCUCUAAAGCAAAACGAUGGCCUCAGACAACAGAAACUGUGAGUCGGAAAAGCAAGUUGAGGUACAGCUAAACGGCCAUACUUCAACACCGAAAAAUGGUCCACUUAGGGCCGAAGAUGAGUGGACAAUUCUGGAACAUGUAUUCCGAGUGCUGGCUGACGAGGGUUACCUUGGUCCCGAGACACACCAGAAGCCGGUGGUUACGUUUGAAUAUCCGGACGAUUUACAGAAGUUGAUUCACUUCCCAAUGGAUGAAAAGACACCGAAUAGUGCGGCAACGGUCGAACGAAUUAUCCGGCAAGUGUUGCAGUAUUCUGUCCGCACCGGUCACAAUCAUUUCCACAAUCAACUGUUUGCCGGUGUCGAUCCGUACGGAUUGACCGGAAGCUGGAUUACGGAGGCGCUCAAUACCAGCCAAUAUACAUUCGAGGUUGGACCAACGUUUACGCUGAUUGAGGAUGCGGUCAUCGACAAAUGCUUGCGAAUGUUCGAUUUCGGUGAUGGCGAUGGAAUCCUCUGUCCAGGUGGUUCCAUGUCCAACAUGUACGCUAUGGUUGCGGCCCGAUAUCGCACGGUGCCGGACGUAAAGCGUAUCGGUGUAUCAAAUCUUGCGGAACCUUUGGUUGUGUUCACAUCCGAAGAUGCCCAUUAUAGCAUUACCAAGGGUGUACACUGGCUUGGGAUUGGAUUGAACAAUCUGGUCAAGGUAAAAAGUGACCGCCGAGGAUGCAUGAUACCGGAAGAGCUCGAGCUAGCCAUCCAGAGCGUGCUUGACUCUGGCCGGAAACCAUUCUUCGUUAAUGCAACGGCCGGUACAACCGUUCUCGGAGCGUUCGAUGAUUUUAAUCUCAUCGCCGAUGUUUGCCAACGGUACGGCAUUUGGCUACACAUAGACGCUUGCCUUGGAGGUACCGCCAUUCUGUCUCGCCGUCACAAAUAUCUACUAAAUGGCGUUAAUCGUGCGCAAUCGCUUGCCUGGAACCCGCACAAAACACUCGGCGCUCCACUGCAGUGUUCGAUUUUCCUUAUCAAGGAACGUGGCCUGCUGCAUGAAUGCAACGCGGCCAAGGCGGACUAUCUGUUCCAGCAGGAUAAGUUCUACGACAUUUCGUACGAUACGGGCGACAAAAGUGUGCAGUGUGGCCGAAAGGUAGAUGCGUUCAAGUUUUGGCUCAUGUACAAGGCGCGCGGUUCGGACGGACUGGAAGCGCUCGUCGACAAUGCCUUUGAGUGUGCCCGGUCAUUACACGAACAGCUUCGAAACAGGACCGGUUUUCGCUUGGUGUUGGAAGAGUUUCAAUAUACCAACAUAAGUUUCUGGUACGUGCCAUCGUGGAUGCGAGUAGCCGGACCAGAACACGAGACGAGCGAUUGGUGGCAACGGUUGUACAGCAUUACGGCAGAUAUAAAGGAACAGAUGGUAAAGUGUGGAACCGUGCUGGUCGGUUACGUUCCGCUGCUGCAUAAAGGGAUAGGUAAUUUCUUCCGCAUGGUUGUUACUUGUCAUCCGCGGCCAACGCCCGAAACGAUGCAGUACAUUAUUGACGAAAUCGAACGUGUUGGUGAGGACUUGAUGCCACAAAAGGGAGCCUGCUUGUCAAGAAAAUGCUAAAAUUAUAAAUUAUCAUAAAUACAACAAAUGAGUACUGUAAACAACACAAAA